GUGGCGGUAAUUCCCACCACGAGGUUGUUUGCCAACUGCCAUUAGAGGAAAGAAGAAAAAGAAGAAGAAACCGGAAGUCGCGGAACUUUAGACGUGUCGAAUGGUCGCCAUUUUCCGCAGGAAGGUAACGCCUCAAGCACCCGAGAAGGAAGCGCUGUUGCCCCCCUACUAGCCUCACCAUUAAACAUGGGGAAUAUAUUUGGAAGCCUGUUUAAAAUGUUCGGGAAGAAAGAAAUGAGGAUCCUCAUGGUGGGUUUGGACGCUGCGGGGAAAACGACCAUUCUAUACAAGCUCAAAUUGGGAGAGAUCGUAACCACCAUUCCCACGAUAGGUUUUAAUGUAGAGACGGUGGAGUACAAGAACAUUAGCUUUACAGUGUGGGACGUCGGCGGCCAGGAUAAGAUCCGACCACUGUGGCGUCACUACUUCCAGAACACGCAAGGUCUCAUCUUUGUCGUGGACAGCAACGACAGAGAGCGAUGCAACGAGGCUCGUGAAGAGCUCAUGAGAAUGUUGGCGGAGGACGAACUGCGCAAUGCUCUGCUAUUAGUCUUCGCAAAUAAAAUAGACCUGCCUAACGCCCUGACUCCAACUGAAGUCACCGAGGCACUGGGCCUUCACACCCUGCGCGACAGGCGCUGGUUCAUCCAGGCCACCUGCGCCACCAAUGGCGACGGUCUUUAUGAAGGACUGGAGUGGUUGUCUGAGCAACUCAGGAAUCUCUAACAGUCGUCUCUUUCCCUCCCAUUCAUUGAGCCUACAUUCUGCCUUUAAAGCCCUCCCAUGCUGGCUGUUGUUACCGCCAUCAUACCGGGCCACCAGUGGAAAAAAUCGGUCCAUGGUAAUGUGUAAAGCUGACGUGUAUAUAUGAAAGGAUAUGGUAAUGGGGCAGCUUUGUUAACUUUUUCUCUUGUGGUUGUUUCACUUUCUGUUUGUUGGGCAAUAAAAGGAGAGAUGCAAGGGAAUCUAAUAUAACAAUCACAUACAGUACUCCAAAAGUUAGGGAUAUUCAGCUUUUGCAUUUUAAAGAUGAAGCUAAAAUAUACAGUACAGGCCAAAAGUUUGGACACACCUCAUUUUAUAGCGUUAUAUUUUCAUGACUAUUUACAUUGUAGGUUGUCACUGAAGGCAUCAAAACUAUUGACACCUGUGAAGUGAAAUCCAUUUCAGGUGACAACCUCUUAAAGCUCAUCAAGAGAAUGCCAAGAGUGUACAAAGCAGUAAUCAGAGCAAAGGGUGGCUAUUUUGAAGAAACUAGAAUAUAAAACAUGUUUUCAGUUUUUUCACCUUUUUUUGUCAAGUAUAUAACUCCACGUGUGUUCAUUCAUACUUUUGAUGCCUUCAGUGACAAUCUACAAGGUAAAUAGUCAUGAAAAUAAAGAAAAUUCAUUGAAUGAGAAGGGGUGUCCAAACCUUGCCUGUACUGUGUGCGUGUGUGUGUGUGUGUGUAUAUAUAUAUAUAUAUAUAUAUAUAUACAUAUAUAUCAUAAUUUGACCCAAAUUUUUGAAUAUGCAUGUACAACUCUUCAGUGUUUCAGUACUUUUUGUACAACUUGCUGUUCUCUAGCAAGUAGCUGAAUAGCAACAUUUCUAACUGGUGGCAAACUUUUCUUUGGCAUUGAGCUCAGUUGCCACUUCAAUCUGAAAACAUCUUGUUAGCAGCCUAAAACUGCAAGGUACUGUUGAACAAUAUUGUGGUUAGUUGGUAUGUUUGGUUAAUCCUGAAAAUCUACCCAAAAGUUGAGUAUCUUAACUUUUUGUGAGUGUUUUAUUCAAAUUGGUGACCAAAAUAAAAAGAUGCACAGCUGGGAGUGUCAACCUCCUGUUUAAUAAACACUGGUAUUGACUUAAAAGGAUGUUUUUGAAUCUACCUGCUUUCUCUGGUUGGUGUUUUUGUGUAUUGUCAUGUCUCAGGUCCACGGGCUGCCUUAGAGUGUGUACACUUUGCAACUAUUUUUUUUUUUUUUAAUGCUCUAUACUGGUUAUCCCACACUCAGCCUUGUACUGUAAGUUGUAUGCAUCAUGUAAGACGACAUUAGUGUCAUUCCCCCCUCCUAUCAGGUGGGUAUUUUUAAAGAAAAUAUUUAAACACUUUAUUGUGAACACUUUUCUUUGUGUUACUGAACUGCUUAGACUAUAUAUGGAGGUGGGCUUGUUUUAAUACAGAUUUAAAUAUUUAAGUUAAUCUUUUGUGUGAGUAAAACAAAGCACUAAUUAAAGUGACUGGAAAGGAUUUCCAAAAUGUAUUUUUCUUACAUGUGACUAUGCAAUAAAACAAUGUCUUAUGCA